GUGGCAGCAGUGCCCGGAGUGCGCCAAACCACGGAAUUGUUGCCAUAUUCUGGAGAAUCAGUCCGUUUUCUCGGAGAAAAAUAAAUAAAUAGAAAAAUACUUGGAACGGAUCUCACGUCCAUUGAUACAUCUUCAGCACCCAACUAAAAAAAAAAAAUCUGAUAAUCCCCAGACUCCCAAACUGGAACAGACCGGGACCGUUGGGACUUCUAGGACAUAUUCUGAUUACUACUGCGCAAAAAAAGUACAGAAGAAUCGUAUUAUACAUACUUGUAUUGUGGAGCAAACGGAUCGAAUGCAUUAAACGCUCCGUUAUUCAGGGCACUAUACGCUGUUGUUUCGAGGGGGUUGAACAGCCGCACUGGAUUCAACGCUUGGGAUGCGGGAUCCCUGAACUUAUCUGCUUCUUAUCCGCCUCGUCGAGCGGACUUUUCAUCUGCAGAAUCAGUGAGAGUCGAUGCGCAUCUUAUAGUCGGGCUUUGGAUUUGAUCUAGAUUGCUGGCUGUAAACUCUCCUGCAGAAGUUGCACUGAAUACAGUUUUAUUAACAGUUGACUUUCUGUCGUAUAGUGAAGGGUGGACAGAAGUGGAUUGUGUUGAAGUUGCAUGAAUCACCGGAUCGCUCUUUGCAGAUCGCGAUAUCAGAUCGGAUAUUUGGCGCAAGGCGUGAAGCGCGAUGGCGAUGCUGGCGACUUUUUGGAUAGUCCUGCUGGUCGCGUUAAACGCUCCAGCAGGGAACGGGCAGUCGGUGCAGACGGACCCCAGUAAGUCAGGAUUUGUGGGAGAUACGGUCGAGCUGCGAUGUGUAUUCAUCAACGGUAAGCCACCAGUGAAGAUCUCUCAGGUCACCUGGCAAAAGGUGAUAAAUGGCACAAAACAAAACGUCGCCACCGCAAACCCAGACUUGGGAGUAUCAGUGUUGCCCCCUUUCAAAGACCGUGUGAGCUUUAAGCACCUGCGCCAGAGGUCCACUUCUACUCUAGAGGAUACCACUAUUGUGGUCAGCAACCUACGGCUCUCUGAUGAGGCAGGCUACAUCUGCGAGUACACCACCUUCCCAGCAGGCAACAGGGAGAAUACGGUCAACCUCACUGUCUUUGCACGGCCAGUGACCAAGAUGACCUUGACUUCACCCACCAUCGUGGCAAGGACGCCGAGACGCAAGAUGCCCGUAGCCACUUGCAUGUCGGCUAACGGCAAGCCUCCUAGCGUCAUCAAAUGGGACACCACUCUGAAGGGCGAAGCCACGUUUCAGGAAACACGCAAUCCAAAUGGCACCGUGACCGUGCGCAGUAACUAUAUCGUAUUGCCCAGCCGCGAGACCCAUCGUCAGAAGUUGAGCUGCAUCGUCACCUACCGCGCAGAACGCUUUAUAGAAAGCGUCAUACUCAACGUUCAGUAUGAGCCAGAGGUAAAAAUUGAGGGAUUCGACGGGAACUGGUAUCUGAAUCGUCAAGAUGUAAAGCUGACGUGCAAUGCAGAUGCCAAUCCAGCUGUUACCGUCUACCAGUGGAAACUGUUGAAUGGAUCGCUUCCCAACAAUAUUGAAAUCAAGAACAACACCCUUUUCUUCAAAGGCCCGGUGACCUAUGAGUUCGGAGGGACGUAUGUCUGCGACGCCACCAAUAGCAUCGGCACACGCUCUGGACUGGUAGAGGUCAACGUGACGGAAUUCCCUAACUCCCUGCCUUUUGAUGGCCGUGAGAUCCCAGUGGAGGAGCAUAGUUCCGGUGCUGUCAUUGGCGGUGCAGUUGGUGGGGUGGCAUUGCUGGUGGCUGCCAUCGCACUGCUUGUUUUCUUCCUGCGGCGGCGUCAGCGCACCUUUAAGGGCGACUACAGCACCAAAAAGCACGUGUUUGGGAAUGGAUACAGCAAGGCCAGCGGCAUGCCCGCUCAUCCACCGAUGACCAAGAACCUGCAGUACCCUGACGACUCGGACGAUGAAAAGAAACCGGCACAAAUCAGCGGGCCCGGCGGUUUCGAGGGCGGCGAUCGGGAUUUCGAUGGCAACUCAGAGGAUCUGAAGAGACCCUAUUUCACCGUAGACGAAGGAGAAAGUCGUGAUUACGACGAACGGACUCUCGCCUUCCAGUACGACCCUGAGCCCGAGAUAGCCGAUGACAUGGUCUCCCAGACCGACGGCUCUGUUAUUUCAAAGAAAGAGUGGUAUGUGUAGAGUGGCAUGCAACGUCAAAAAAAAAGAAAAAAAAAAAGAUCAACAACCUUUUGUCCUCUCUUGCAUCCGACCACACCCAUCCACCUCCAUCACUAGAACCCUCCCUCAAUGUGUUUAUCCCUAUUUGCACAUCCCACCCCUGCCCCAGUAACCUCCGCCCUCAUCAGAUUCCAUCGAAAUAAACAGCUGUAGAAAAAUAGCUUGCAGCAUCAACACAUCAACAUCAUUACACAUCCACGCGCUUUUAGAUGAACCUGCUACAACAGCAAGAGGUUUUCUCACAGACUGAUGCCAACCAACAUCCAGUAAGGCUGGACAGGCAGGUUGCUUGAAAAUAUUACAGUGUAUUAUCCUUUUUGUCUCAUUUUGUUGUUAUUAUAAAUGUAUUAAAUGUAUAAAAAGAGACUGUAACUGUUUUGAAAAGGGGUAUAUUGCUGAUCUUGUUGUGAAAGUCUUACACUGGAUGUAUGAUUAUUUUUUUUUAUUGUUUGUUUGAAUUGUUUUUAUCUCAUUAGCAUAUCACCAUUUUUCACUUUUACGUGAAUCAUAUGUUUUGUUUGUUUUUAUAUAGUCUUUUUAAAUGGAGUGUUGAUUACCAGAAAAUGUGGAACUAAACAGUAGAAUAAUUAUUCCCACCCACCGUGUCAUUACGAGGUCGAAGGUUGCAUUAGCACUAUUGUGUUUAAUGGAAACAUCAUAAUCCUGUGGUUCUUGUUACAAACGCCGCUCCCAGCUCCCUGAAUGGAGAUCCAGGGGUCCGAGAAUGUGGCAUGGCCUGGAAGUGUAAAAUCCAAUGAAACAAAAAAAAAGCAUGUGGGUUCUGACUGCUCUCCAAAAACAGUAUUUAUUUUAAGACCCUGCUCUGCUGAGAGCUGAAGAACAUAUCUGCAGUGUUAGUCAUAUGCACACUGCAGUCAAGCAUGCAGAACGGGGCCUAGACAAAUAUACUGUGCCCACCUAACCGUCCCUCAUUCUCCAUGCCAGUCUUAGUCAUUCUCCAUCCACAGAUCCACCACGGAUGUGCCAUCAUGUUAUCAUAGCGAUGCUUUCUAAAAUCCAUUUCCUCUGAAACUCUUAAGACGCAAAAGGAUAAUCCUGUAUAAUGUGGUGUUGUUAUAAAGACAGGGUGUUUGUUAUUUAGAAUUGGUGAUGUGGAGUGGUCAAAAUGUUUUCAAGAUCUUGUAAAUAUGAGCAGGUUCAAUGGUAAUGUUUAGUUCCACAGGAGAUUACGACACGGGCGUGUAGCGCUUGUGUCAACCACCAUAUAAAGCCUUUUGAUGGAAGUAGUUUUUCCAAAAGUAGUUAAAAGCACAGAAAUUAAAUUACGGAAAAGUUUUGAGCCAAAGCUAAAUCAGAGGUAAAUAUGGCAGCAACUAGGCAUCACAUACAGGCUUGUUAUGUACUGCUCGGCCUCUGAAACCACAGGAUCUGCGACAAAGCCUGGAUUCCUUUUCAAAUCCUUCCUGAUCCUCUAUAAGGAGCAGAUCUGUUGGCUACAAGUAUAAGUUAGUAUAUAUUUAAAUAAAUAAAACAGACAUUCAUCAAAGUCCUGACAUAGCUGUUCAACUACAAAAUGUACAAUAUUUCAAGGCCUUUUUCAAUGCAUGUGUGUCUUUUUAAAUUGCUCUUUGUUUGGUUCAGCUUUUAUCACCCUUUUUACAUCAGGAUUUGGUGUUUGCAAAUGGGUGGGCAGUUUUCCACUAAAUUAUUUUACUUCCAGAGACAAAUAACCUCCCUAACUGUAUCCAUAUCUAUUUCUAGACUCAAAAAAUGCUUUAGUAGAAUUUAUCAUGGCUUGUCCAUGAAAUAUUUAAUUCCCGUGCCUGCCUUAAACAAGGCUCUUUACAAGUCGAGAGAUUAGGAUGCUGAACCGCUGUAAUCACACAGACAAUCUAGGCGGAACUCCAGAUGAAAGCCACUUACUGUAGGUUGCUCAUCCAUGAGCAGGCCCUCAUGGAAUCUGGGGGAAUUUUUUUUUUUUUUUUUUUGCAUUAGAAAAUCUGCAGAAGAGACUUAAAAAAUUAUAACAUGCAUUAAUGCUAGUAAAUUAAGCCAUUAUUAAAAGAACCCACAUAAUAAACAAACUGGAACUUGCAGCCGCAGAUUCCUUGUGGUCCGUCCCAUGAGGAAAAUCGUAGUAUGUCUACACCUUAGCUACAAAUGAAUAAAAACCUUGAUGGCAGACCUUAUGCACAUCUUGAUUUGACCUAAAACGGACCACAUAAUGAAUAAAUGUUCAUUUGUUGCUUAGCAAACCUUGUAUUUUAGCUUAGUAAAGUCAGUGUGCAAAGUUAUACAAAUCGCAGUGCCUAUGACGUGUGAGAUGUAAGGUUUUUUUUUUUUGUUGUUUUUUUUUUAGAUCUGAAUCAUGUACAUAUUAUUUCUGAGUUAUUGUAUGCCAUCACUGUACAUAUUAUUU